CGUCGUGGCCAUGGCGGCUGCGGCUGACCCGCGGAUAGACGUGUCGGGCGGCCCGGUAGCGGCAGUUCGCGCCCAAAGACCGGAGCCGCGGCUCCAUUAGUGUUUAUACCCGUCAGGCCCCGCGGAGGAGGCGCCUUACUCAUGGCCUAUCACUCGGGGUACGGGGCCCAAGGGUCCAAGCACCGGGUCAGGGCAGCCCCGGAGCCGCCUCCGCUCUUUGACGACACGAGUGGCGGGUACCCAGCUCAGGCCGGCGCUUACCCCCCGCAGGCCUCGGACGUGGCCUUCAACGUCAAUCACCUGCUCGGGGAUCCCGUGGCCAACGUGGCCAUGGCCUACGGCAGCUCCAUCGCCUCCCAGGGCAAGGACAUGGUGCACAAGGAGCUCCACAGGUUUGUGUCCAUGAACAAGCUCAAGCACUUCUUUGCGGUGGACACGUCCUACGUGGCCAGGAAGCUGGGUCUGCUCGUCUUCCCCUACACGCACCAGAACUGGGAGGUUCAGUACAGCCGGGAUGUGCCCCUGCCCCCACGGCAGGACCUCAAUGCCCCCGACCUCUACAUCCCCACCAUGGCGUUUAUCACAUACAUCCUCCUGGCCGGGAUGGCGCUGGGAAUUCAAAAAAGGUUCUCGCCCGAGGUGCUCGGCCUGUGCGCCAGCACGGCCCUGGUGUGGGUCGUCAUCGAGGUGCUGGCCCUGCUCCUCGGCCUCUACCUGGCCACGGUCCGCAGUGACCUCAGCACCUUCCACCUGCUCGCCUACAGCGGCUACAAAUACGUGGGAAUGAUCCUCAGCGUGCUCACGGGACUGCUCUUCGGCAGCGACGGCUACUACGUGGCCCUGGCUUGGACCUCGGUUGCCCUCAUGUAUUUCAUUGUACGCUCGCUGCGGAUGACCUCGGUGGGCACCGACGGGGUGGGGGGACCGGCCACCCGGCAGCGCCUCCAGCUGUACCUGACCCUGGCCGAGGCUGCCUUCCAGCCAAUGAUCAUCUACUGGCUGACCUUUCACCUGGUCCGGUGACCCAGAUGGGGUCUCCCCUGUCCCCAAGGAAGACUCCCGAGAAGAUGACGAUGAUGAUUUUUACCCUGUACAUUGAAGAUUUUAAUUGCUUCCGCCACAUCUGUCCCUCAUUCCUGGGAACCUGGCCCUGGACGGGACCUUGAGGGUCUGAGGUGGUGGGAAAGAAGGGCUGGCCAGGGACAGGCCCCCCUUGUGGGGGGGCUCUGGGGGGCAAGUGGCUGCCGCCCUGCCGGAGCGAUCCUCAGGGGGGCGACUCCAUGUCACCGAUGAGACUUGGCCGGGCCGGAGAAGCCCGCGCUGUCCGCAGCCCCCGGUAAAACUUGCAAUGGCUCCA